AGCCAAUCGGGGCUGAGCCGGGGCAGCUGUUAAAUAGGAGAGUCAGCGGAGGGAUCAGUCAGUGUGGAGCACAAGAGCAGCAGGGAGACACUGGGAGAAGCUGGGAUUGUUUCCCAAGGAAUCUCUCAACCUCCACAAACUGGAAACAGAGACAUAUUUCAUCCUCCGGGCGAGACGAGGUCUGGACAAUUCCGAGAAUUAUCCCUUUGCUCCGCUUAGUAUUUCAUACAGAGAACAAAACUCAGGGGUUUUCUAUAGAUAAAGAAGAAACGUUCUUGCACUUAAACCUUCCAGUCUCUCGGAUUUCAGGGGGUGAAGAUUUUCAGCUUCUUUACAAGUUCUCUGUGAGUUAGAUACAGUCGUAGCGCCAGGUUCUGGUUUCUUGGUUAAUUGUCCAGUUGGACUUUUUGGACCAUGACUCUCUCCGUGAAGCCGGUGCCUCCUGGGAAGGUGUCAUGGAUGUGUGUUUUGGCUGUUGCCUGGGCACACGUGGUGGCUGCUCUCGGAGAGAAGUCCCAAGCCGGCUACAAGGAGGAAAUUGUGUUUCCGGAAAGACUCAACUCCAGCUUCCGUCAGGAGCACCCUCAAUGGCCAGGGAGCGCUAACGAGCCACCCUCUGACGGCCACCUGAUCUUCCGAUUCCGGGCGUUUGGAGAAGAAUUGAUUUUGGAUAUGGAGAGGGACCCCAGUUUUCUCUCCGAAGACCUGACGGUGCAGUACCUGGGCAGGAACAGACAGUCGGAUGCUGAUGGCCUCUCCGAGCCGGGCAGCUAUUUCACAGGGGCUGUCAAUUCCGACCCAGAAUCUAUCGCUGCGGUCAACUACAAUGGAGCCUCUCUUGUUGGGGUUCUGCAGUACCGGGGGGCUGAAUUUCAUAUCCAACCCUUGGAAGGAGGAGGACCGAACAGCGUAGAAGGUGUCGGGGCGCAUGUCAUCCGCAGAAAAGUUCCAGAUAGGUCCAAUGGGCCCAUGUGCAAUGUAGGAACUCAAGGGGAAAAGAAAGGUUCCAGAGAUGCUGAACCCAAAGACAACACUGUAAAGUCCCGAGCUGCCUCAACUAGAUCCAAGAGAUUCGCAUCCGUCCCUCGCUACGUGGAGACGCUGGUUGUCGCGGAUGAAACCAUGGCAGACUUCCACGGCGCCGACCUCAAGCGCUACCUGCUCACCGUCCUGGCCGCUUCAGCCAAAUUCUUCCGCCACCCCAGCCUGAAGAACCCGGUCAACGUGGUGGUGACUCGCCUGGUGGUGAUCGGAAAGGCCGACAAGGCCCAGAAGUACGGCGGGCUUAAGAUGACCACCAACGCCGCCGAGAUGCUGAGGAACUUCUGCGAGUGGCAGAAAGGACUCAACAAGCAGAACGACUCUGAUUCGGAGCAUUUUGACACGGCGAUACUCUUCACCAGGCAGAACCUUUGUGGUGUGUCCACCUGUGACACCCUGGGCAUGGCCGACGUGGGCACCGUGUGCGACCCUUCCCGAAGCUGUUCCAUCGUUGAAGACGAUGGCUUGCAGUCAGCUUUUACAGCCGCCCACGAGCUUGGCCACGUCUUCAACAUGCUCCAUGACAACUCCAAGCCCUGCGUGGAACUCAACCGCCCCUCCAGCAACACAAGGCACAUGAUGGCCCCGGUGAUGUCCUUCGUUGACCCCGAGGAACUGUGGUCGCCCUGCAGCGCAAAGUUCAUCACAGACUUCUUAGAUAAUGGAAAUGGUCACUGCCUUUUGGAUAAGCCUCGUACCCCCCUCCGUUUGCCAGUGCCUUUCCCGGGCAACGACUAUGACGCCGAUCGCCAGUGCCAACUGACAUUUGGCCCAGACUCUCGCCAUUGCCCAAACCUUCACACACCUUGCUCUUCUCUAUGGUGCACGGGUAAAAUCGACGGGCACUUCAUGUGCCAAACCAAGCACUUCCCCUGGGCUGACGGGACCAGCUGCGGAGUGGGCAAGACCUGCAUGAACGGCCGAUGCAUCAGCAAAGUGGAGAUGAAGGCCUUCAACACACCGGUUAAUGGCGGUUGGGGUCCCUGGGGCCCGUAUGGACAGUGCUCCCGGACGUGCGGGGGUGGCGUGCAGUUCUCCCACCGCGAAUGCAACAAACCUGUUCCCCGCAAUGGUGGAAAGUACUGCGAGGGCAAAAGGACCCAGUACCGCUCCUGUAACACCCAGAUGUGCGCUUUGGGCAAUGCUCUGACCUACAGAGAGCAGCAGUGUGCCGCAUACAACCACAGGACAGAUAUGUUCAAGACUUUCCCGUCGCCGAUGGACUGGGUGCCGAGGUAUAAUGGCAUUGCGGAGAAGGACCGGUGUAAACUUACCUGCCAGUCCCGUCCUCUGGGAUACUACUACGUGUUGGAGCCGAGGGUGGCUGAUGGGACACCAUGCUCCCCCGACUCCACCUCCGUGUGUGUCCAAGGGCGAUGCGUCCACGCAGGAUGCGACAGAAUCAUCGGGUCCAAGAAGAAGUUCGACAAGUGCAUGGUGUGCGGAGGGGACGGAUCUACCUGUACCAAGAACUACGGAUCCUUCACGAAGCCCAGAUACGGCUACAACAAUGUGGUUACGAUUCCCGCCGGGGCCACUAAUAUUCUGAUACGUCAAAACAGUGGUUCAUCUUCCACCAGCGACGGAGUCUACUUGGCGCUAAAGAGGCAAGACGGCUCCUACGCGCUUAACGGGAAUUACAUCUUGGUGCCCUCGGAACUGGACGUGGGCAUCGGGGGAGGUGCGUCCGUCAGGUACAGCGGUGCUACGAAAGCGGUGGAGACCAUUGUUGGCCGUGGUCCUCUGAAGGAGCCGCUGACCGUUCAAGCUCUGGUGGUCAGUGACCAGCGAGUGCCGCGCCUCAAGUACACGUUUUUUGUUCCCAAGCCCACCGUCCGCUCUAGCCCGCCCAAAAAAGCCACCGACGAGUGGUCAAAACGAAGAGCUCAGAUCAUGGACAUUCUUAGGAGGACAAGGAACAGCCACAAAUAAUUUUGACGUUGAGUAGACUCAGGAACACAACUGUCGCCCAGGCUGAAACACGCAAGUUCCAGGGAGGAGAAAGAAGUGUUUGGGAGACAAUGGAUAUCUGACCACCGUGCCGAAAGGACAGAUCUCCGUAACCGGAGACAAAGGCACUUUGGCCAUUGGAACGUAAACCGUAAGCGAGGAUGUUCUUUGGCGUGACCUUGGGGGGAGGAAAGUUUCACGGAUGGGAACGAGACACAUUUGAUGUUGCUGAGUCGAAACUAAAAGCCGCAGAUGUUGGCAGGUCCACCACUUGUGGCUUCUCUCCAGACUUCUUUCUGCAUUAACUCUUGCUCUGCGUCCCUCAGCGUUCCACUGGGCAAGUCAUGGUUCCACUGGGCAAGCCAUGGUUCCACUGGGCAAGUCAUGUCAGGGGCACCUUGGGGGGGCUUAUUAGAAGGUCUUCUCUAUUCUUCACCAAGUUGGACCAUGUCUGGUUCUCUCGGCUGCAGGAAGCUGGAGGCUCGGCUGCAAGCUCACGUUUCGACGCAUCUCCUUGGACUGAAAGUAGGGUCUGGAAACCCUAACUUAUUAUUAAUACCCCUUAUUUAAUAGAAAUAUACAAAGACCUAGAACAAAGAACUCAAGCGGGGAAAGUGUCCUCCUCGGCACCUCGUAUUUCCGCACGUGGUAUCAAGCCAAAAAGGGCGUAACAGAAAUCAAUUUGGGCUCUCGGGGGGGUUAGAACUAACGGAUCUGCCGGCCCCAUUACAGGGUCAACCUCACCAGUAGAACCACCAGAGCUGGCUGCAUGUUCCUUGGGUGGGGGGGGGUUCUGCCCAAGAACGUGAAUACAAUAAGGACUCAUUAGCCGUCGCCUCGUUACGAGGAAAACAAAGGUGCUAUCACGAUGAUCCGUAGAGGUCUAAGUCGCGGUCUCGUUGAAGAGAUACCAUAGAUAGUAGCGUUAUAUAAAUGCCCCGCCCACGGGGCUACAUGUACUGACUGCUAUAGGGGGUUACCACCAUGACAGGGGCAACCAAUCAGUAAGAUCAAGCACAUUGGCUCCUGUUAUUGAUUUACCCCUCCUUUGUCGCCAUUGGACAGCCACCAACUCCGAGACCCCUUGUCCCUGUUUGCCCCCCCCCCAUUCAUUUGAUUGUACGCUGUUGCCUAUUUAUUAAUUAUUUAUUAAUGUGCAGAUUGGUGGGGCAGAACCGCGCAAUGAUGUCGUGGGGCAUCAUGGGAAGUAAUAGACCAGGCGCUGUUACUCCUGCUCUCCACUAGGGGCGGCUGUGGUUCUUCCACCAACUACUGUGUUACUAUGCAAGGUACAGUAUGUAUGGGGCUUUUACCAGUUGGGUAUGGUCGCCCAGCGGCAAAGCACCCACAGAUCUUCCCAUUAUGGGAGGGGCCAUCAGAUGAAUCAUUUGCAUAAUCUGCCUAGAGACUGCACCCUUGAUUUCAGGGGGGGCAACAGGGAUCUUGAGACCCUUGAGCUGUCGCUCUUUUUUGCUCUAAUGUACAUGCUGGGGGCCCUUCUGCCCAAGCCUCCCGGGGUGGAGGAUCUGGUAACCCCUCCCCCUUCCCGGUAACCCCUCCCCCUUCCCAGAGACCCCUCCCCCUGCAGUAACCCCUCCCCCUUCCCAGAGACCCCUCCCCCUUCCCAGAGACCCCACCCCCGGCAUUGGUACAGACACACCCGGAAUAUGGAGAGUCCAGAAUCAAAUCCCCGUGUUGGUUUUUUAAUGUUGGGGGGGUUUUUGUUUAAUAAUUAUUUUUUUGUAUUGUAAAGAAAAACCUGCACCAGAUUAUUUAAAUAUAUUUA